UAGAGCUUUAUUAUAUAAUAAGAGACAUUAAUGAAUAAAAAAGCUCUUGCGAUGUAAAUACGUAUAUUAGUAUAUAGGAACUCAUUCAUUCUUUGGAGCAUGUCCACAAAAUCAAACACGGCGCUGAAUACUUGCAAGCGUGUUGGAACCAUAAACAGUUUAUACACGAGAGUGAUUUCGUGCGGACAUGAAUCUCGACAGUCAGCGGAUAAUAUAGAAGAACUUAAUGUCUUUAUAUUCCAAGCAAACUACCGAGUUUGGACAACAAAAGUAUUUGUGUGUAAACCAUCACUAAGGCACAUACAUAUAUAUACUCAGAAUCUCAACCCGUUAUAUUGCAAAUAAAGAAGAACUCGGAAUAUCUUUGGCAAUUAUUGGAAUYAAGUAUCUUUAGAAUACAUGCGCAUGUAUUUUACAUGUUAAAUUAUUACUUCCCAAAAGCUACGAAUGCUCUUCGAUGAUGUUACUGCCUUCGGGGCGAUCAAACAGUGAUAGAACAACAUCUCCUAAAUUGGUAGUGAAAAGCACAAAUAAAUUGGAAAAUGUACAAACAACGGCUUCAAUAAUAUCAAAAAAUAAUGGAUCUGUGUCCACAGUGGGCACUAAUUCUCUAUCACCUGGUAAUCAGAGUGAAAACGGAAUUUGUUGUAGCGCUCAUUCCAUACUUACCUCAAAAUUUCCAGCUUUGAUUGGUACUACGACAGAAGACUAUGCUAUAUUGAGUAAUACAGAAAGUUGGAAAGAAAUUGGGCAACAAUUACAAGCACUACAAGAAAGUCUGAAGGAUGAGUGGACUGUUCAUAUGAGUAAAGAGGGCCGGCUAUAUUAUUGCAACCAUGUUGCUAAAAUAUCCAGUUGGUUGCCAUCUAGCGAAGACUGGUGUAAAUAUGAAGAAUUGCCUUACGGUUGGGAAAGAGCAAUAGAUUCAAAAGCAAGAUCAUAUUACAUAAAUCACAUAAAUAAAACAACAACAUAUGAGGCACCUGAAAAUAUACAAUGUGAUGGCAAUUCACCCGAACCAAGAAUGGUAACUCUUCAGCGCAGCCCUACCCUAGGCUUCGGUUUCGUUGCUGGCAGUGAAAGACCAGUUAUAGUACGUUUCGUUACAGAUGGUGGACCCAGUAUGAAUAAACUUCAACCUGGUGACCAGAUUCUCGCAGUAAACGGAGAAGAUGUAAAAGAGGCUCCUCGUGAUCAUGUUAUUCAAUUGGUACGAGCUUGUGAAAACGAAGUAACAAUAAUGGUGUGUCAACCAAAGCAUAUCUUUGCACCCGGUCGUAAAUCUACACUCCUCUCAGCGGGUAAACGAGCGAAAUUACGGACGCGACCUAGUCGGGUUCGCUUUGCUGAAAGUGUUUGCGUAAAUGGAUCACCAUUAUUUCCGGCAUCGGCAUUUUCAUUGGGAGACAUUUGUGUGCCGCCGAUGGCAAAUGUGCUCAAAGUAUUCCUUGAAAAUGGGCAAACAAAGUCAUUCAAAUACGAUUCCUCCACCAGUGUGCAGGAUGUGGUCCGUUCACUUCUAGACAAGUUGUGUCUUUCUACAGGGGAAAUUUUUAGCCUCGUAUUGGAGCAUGUGAAAAGUUUAAAACGGAAUAAGCUCACAUUACUAGAUCCUGAGGAAUCUUUGGCGAGAAUCGCUGCGCGUCCUGGUGCUCAUAAACUGCGUUGUUUAUUUCGWGUGACUUUCGUACCGAAAUCCGCUGGCGAUUUGGCUCAGAAAGAUUUGAAUGCUUUAGAUUAUUUAUAUAUGCAAUGCUGUAACGAUGUGACACAAGAACGUUUUGCACCCGAACUCCAGCCAGAGGUAGCGUUAAGACUAGCAGCAUUACAUAUGCAUCAACAUGCAUUGGCCAAUAACAUUUCACCAACAAAAUUAACAGUUAAAGCUGUUGAGCGAGAAUUCGGUUUAGAAAGAUUUGUACCGAUAUCUUUAUUUGAGGGAAUGAAACGAAAGGAACUUAGACGAUUGAUAUCACACUUUCUAAAACAAAAUGCAGAAAUGACUGGUUCAUCCGCUAAAGUUUUGACACAGUUACAGGCAAAAUUACACUAUUUGGAUAUUAUCUCAACUUUACCCAGUUAUGGCGCUAAAUGUUUCAGUACAAACCAAAGGGAAGGUGUUGAACGCGUUUUACUUAUUAGCCCACGCUAUGGCUUGAGUCAGAUACCAAGUGUAAGAAAUUCGGUGCCUCAACCUAUAUCAGCUAUUGAAGACUUUAGUCAUGUCGCCGUCAAACGGGAAGAUGACGUAUCUUGCAGUGUAACCAUUUAUAUGCAAGGAGGCAAAUCAGUAAAAUUUUCAAUGGAGGAUCGUGAUGCAUGUGAAUUCUCACUAGUUUUAUCCGGUUAUCAUUGCUUAUUAACAGGAAAAAUACUUGCUGUGGAACGAGAACGAGAUCAACACCAUGAUGACAAUGCACCAUCUUAUUUAACCCAACACACCGUCAUACCAGCUGCUUGGAGUUAUUUAUUGCCUUUUCACGAUCGAACUCACGGCAUAACAUUCCUAUUACUGCCCCCCUAUCAUCCACAGAAAGACAAAACUAUAUCAAUUGAAAGCAAAAAUGAAAAAAAUUAUAUUUUAAGCGGAUCCGAAAAGAGGUGUAUGGAUUUGAAUUCUUCAAAUAAGGCAGAUAGUAACCACAACCCUAAGAUUAUACCUCUUGUUAACAAUGGUUCUACAGGUCUAGAUAUUCACAGUGUUAUGGCCACGGAGUUAUUAGAGGAAGCAAAAGACUCCGGUAUAAGCGACAGUAGCGGUGGUGAUCGAUCAAUCACUAUGGAAACAAAUGCUUUUAUAGAGGCUAAAAAUGUUGAAGUACUACGACGUGUUCACGAAAUGCAAAAAAUGGUAGAAAACUCCGAACAAUAUUUAAAUGAGCAGGGUGAGAUGGUUCCUGAGUCUGAUGAGCUCUCGUAUGAUACUAAUAUCCAAUUUAAUAGUACUUUAAAUAUAUGGGCGAUUGAAUCUAUAAACAAGGAACAAAAUCUGAAUAAAACAGGCAAUUCGCAGGAGUUCGAUAGUGACUGCGAUAGUAUGAAUAGCAGUAAAAUAUCCUCAACGGAGGAUACACCUCAACUAGCAGCUCUUAAGCAUAGUGAUUCCUUASUUCUUUUGGCAGAAUCUAUAAAUCAAGAUUUAAAUGGUAUAACACAGAGUUUGAAUUCAAUCGUAAGGAAACCGUCAGAACUGUCGAUUGACAUUUCAAAUAUUAGUACGACGUGUAGUCCGCGGCCAGAUAGGAAAUUUAACAACAUCGGACAAAUACUGACCAAUCUUCAAACGAGCGCAGAUUUUUCUCAAAGUGAAAGCGAUUCUGAAUCAGUUAAUUCUCCAACGAGCUCCCCUGUAGCUCGCCGACCACUAAUUCUAUGUUCUAAUGACAGAAGAAAUUGCCAUAAACAGAAUUUGGCUUAUCGAAGCAGCUUUGGUCUGCAUAGUCCCGAUGGCAAUAGUUUUGCUUCAGAUAAUAAGGACUAUAAUUUAAAAGAAUACUUGAAACAACUUAAAGAAAUAAGCAAUGUUCAUGAUGGAAGUCAGGAUACCGAUGUAGCUGCAAAAAAACUUUCUGAAAUUUAUGGUUUUGAAAUUCAUGGUGACACAUUUAUUGCAACAGAUACUGAUUUAAUUGAUUUGCGCUCUAUACCACCUCCACGCACUCCUGACGAAUUAGAUGCAAUAUCUUUACUGAAUGCUGCUCCACAAGGUUUCGGUGAUGGGUCGAAGAAUAUUUUAAAUACUAACUCUGAAAGUGAUCUGGACACAUUCCUAGCAAACAUAAUUGUGGCACCGCCAACACAAAGAACAACUCCAGCAAAAGAACUAACGCCAGAGGAAAUAAUGUCAUUUAUAAUUCCUCCACCACCUGAUCCAGAAGAUAAUAAAAAUAAUUCGAAGGAAAAAACAGAAAACCUAUACAGCAAUUCGAUUUCUGAAAAUUUGCUUCCAAACCGAAAUCAAUUAAACAAGUUAAGUAGAUGUGAAGGGGAGCAUGUGAUCGAGUACUCCACAGUCGAACGCAAGGGAAAGUUCUCUUGCUGUCCAAAAUCUUUAAAAGGUAAUGCUGAAAAUAUUUCGGAAUCAAAUAAAAUCGGUCUUAAGGUGCCACCACGUUCACAAUCCAUAGACAAACCAACACCUCCAGAGCGACCGCCUAAAAGUCUAGAGUUGAUUCAACGUUAUUCUCCAAAGAGACUAGCUGGCACAGCUGWUGACUUUCAAAACUACAAUGAAAAAGCUAAAAAACAAGAACAAAAAGUCCACGAAGAGCGACCACCAUUAUUACCACCAAGAAUUAAAAAUUUCAACCGUUGUGAGGAAAAUUCUUCCGCUCCUUCGGUGAGUGAAGCCCCACAAAAACCACCUUUGCCGCCAAUAACCAACCGUUCCACUCAACGAAAAAUAUCAGUAAAUGUGAACAAUUUAAGCAGUGAAAAUUUUUCACAUGUUCCACCAUUGGUGCCUUCAUGCGUUUUCCCGGUAUCUCAUUCUAACCCCAUCUCUAAUUACUCUUGCAACAAACAAGAUGAAAAACACCCUAUUACAGCUACAUCAAAUGAGAAUCAUCUAUUGAAAAAUUAUUACCCCCAGACUUAUAUUAAGAACUCAACAAUCGAUAAAUUUCUUCCUAUUUCUUCAUUCAGUUCUCCCCAAAUGUCACAAAAAAUUGAAAGUCCUGGUUCAGUGUCCAUACCUCUAAAAUCUGUUAUAUCACAAAAAUUUGGGGAAAAGUAUAUUAUAAAGAAUGGGCAUGUUAUUGACAGCGAAGCACUGUUGACCAAAACGGACAUAGCAAUGGCAGGACUUUUGGUGAAACUUGAUCAGGUAGCCGCCAAGUGUUCAGCAGCGCAACUCGCAGGCGGGGGUUCUAACAUUGACGAGGAUAAAUUUCAGCGUGCUCGGAAUGAACUGACUGAACAAACAUUGAUGCUAGUGACUGCGUCUAAAUUUUUAGUAGUAGCAAUGUCGGAUAUGACUUUAUCGACUCUGCCAGAGCAUCUCACUUCUUGUCUCACAGCGAUUCGRCGUAUUACUGAACUCACACAAGAUAUGACUCUCCAUACAUCGUCACCAUUACAAACUCGAAACAUUGUGCUUAAAGUUCAUGAUGUGGGAUCCAGUUUCAGGGAAUUAGUAGGGGUGCAAAUUGGUCCAUUGGGUGCUGGACAACUUGCGCUACAAGCUGAAUGUUUAGCCAAUGUGUUAGCAACUUUACUUCGAAGUUUACGGGUAUUCUCGCCAUGAACAGAAUUCUCGAGAAUGUGUUUGUUGUGCAACUUUUUUGUGAAAUUAUUUAUGCAUAUAUGAAAUAUUUAUAUUCAAUGUAUCCAAAUAUUAUAAUAUAUAAUAUUAUGCAUGUCAAAGAUAUAAACUUAAUCGCAGUUCAUGAUAAUAUACAUAUUAGUAAAUACAAUUAAUUUACUAAGGGAGUCAAAUUCCUUUUCACAAGCAAUGUCUUUCAGAAAUAAGUAAUACAUUGUGAUCUAAUGAAAUAAUUUUCAUACACAUACAUACAUAAUAAUAUAUACGGUAUAUGCAUGUAUCAAUUUACAAAAGUUGCAAGUAUUAAAAAAUUCAUAUAACUUAUACAUAUCUAUAAUAUUUAUAUUACCGGACUUACUAAACUCAAACGAUAUCUGCAUACAUGUCAACUAUAUUUAAAUUUAUUAAAUUAUGUAUGUAAAACAUAUGCAUAUACCAUUAUAUUCUAAUUUCACUUUUUUUUUCAAAAUAUUCAUGAUUUUAAAUUACAUUAUGCGUCUACAGUACGUCAUAAUUUUUGGAAUGACAUAAAUGAUAUUCGCGUAUCGUCUCAUAAGCAUUAAAGCAGUUACGUUCAAAAUUUUAAACAAACGACUUCUAUUAAGGAAUACGUACGCACUCUCUACCAACGUUUCCCGAUAAAUGCAUGUUAUUUUAAAUAAUAACUUUACAUAUUAAUACCGUUAAAACCCUUUAUUAACGGAAAAUGAAUACUGGCUUAGGCUUUUGAGAUAUUUUUAUAUGCAGUUCCAACUUUUUCGGGUACUAAAUUGUUUUAAAUUGAUUUAAAUAAAAUAUUUGCGAGAAUCUUUGAAUUUUAGAGAUGUCUUCCACAAACUUAAUAUGAACUAAUAUCGGCAUCAGCAUACUUCUAGAUCUAUGGUACAUAUGUAUGUAUGUACUAUUACAUAUCAAUACAGUGAAAUACCGCAUAACCGUUCACCCACCGUCGCACUGAUUUUGUCCGGCUAAGGGAGCUACAUAUUUCUAUUGAACUAAUAAAUGAGAGACAAUGUCAGCCAGGAGUCAAUGAAUGACAGUUACCCUAUUAGACGGCACCAGAAUAAGAUAAUUUGUUCACUGUGAUCGUUUUACGUAUUGUUCAUAAAAACUAUCAAAACACUAAACAUUCA